UGACAGACAACAACUAUUUCUAUUUAAGCACAUUUUCAGUAUUCUAUUUAUUUACCAGAUGUCCUCUCAAAGAUUUUGCAGCUUUGUGCUUCCUUGACUUAAGGAGACAGCCUCUGCGGGUCAAGAGUUUAAUCCCGGAUUGUGGCGGAAGUGGAGUUCCUUACGCAAUGGAAAACUCUCAGCGCCUAUCGGAAAUUCUGUAUGUCGGGCUAUGUCGUAAAAUAGGGACACCGAAGGAAGUGCGCAUCAGACGAGACGUGAGGGACAUGGAGGAUAUGAUAGACAAGUCUGUGAUGAGAGGCGGAAGAAGAAUGCUUACCGGAAGUCAUAGGGAGGGAUUCAGGUUAAAGGAGUCAGACAAGGAUUACAUGUGUUGGUGUUGUCAUUGUAAAGUAAUAAAUAACAUCUCCCAGCUCAGCACAUACGAUCCAUCAAAGCAUAGUAUUUUUCUCAUGGAGGACACUUAUACGCCGCCUGGAUUUGUUCGACUACAGCUUCUUACUCCGCCCACAGGAACACUCACAUCAUCAAUAAUUCCCUUAGAUGAAAGAAUAUAUGUAUCCAGUGUUUUACAUAAGCAAACGUGGGUUAAAGAAAUAGGCAUUCCAAAUCCAACUUUUCAUGGUCCUUGUUUACUUUGCCACGGAGAAGCCUUACCUAUUGAUAAUGCAGUUUGUUUCACCAGCAAAUAUUGGCCAAAUAUUACAGAUCAGUGGAUAGACAGAUGCUUAAGGCACAUGUGGCCUCCUGCAAGUGUGCUUAAUGAUAUCUUAAACAACAAUAUUCAUUGUGUUGCUAUUGGAAGCAAAUGCACUACCAUGGAAAAUGAGUUAGAAUGGAGAUUGUCCUUUUCUCUUGCCGAACUAAAGUUAGUAUACACCAUGAAUCAUACUCAAUUUUUAUGCUAUGGCCUCCUCAAGAUAUUUCUCAAUGAAGUUCUCAAUAAUAACGUAGAGGAACCAUUGUUGUGCUCUUACUUCAUGAAGACAACAAUGUUCUGGUUAAUACAACUAGGGCAUUUAAGCUGGUAUCCGUACAAGUUACUGGAAUGUUUUUGGAAGUGUCUUAAAUACCUCAUACACAACGUUUAUUGUGGUAAAUUUCCCAAUUUUUUUAUUGCACAGAACAACAUGUUUUUAAACAAGGUUGUCAAUGUUGCACGCGAAUCCUUGUUAGAACAACUAACUCAGUAUUACAGUCUAGGCGUAUCCUGUGUACUCCUUAGUCCGACUCUCAGAUCCAUCCUUGAACCAGCCCUCAGUAGACCGAUAUCUGUGAUCCCUCGCGCUAUAUCACAAUUUUACGAUCUCGUGUGUCCAUGUUGUAUUGAAAAUUGUAUGAGGACUGAAGUAUUGGACCUUCAAGAUUUAUACGAUUUUAAAGAAUGCUUUUCCUUUUUAAGGUCUCUAGAAAAUCUGUUACAUUUUUCAACGUCACAGUACCAAUCCUGUACUGUACAGGUCUUUACAGCAAAAGCUUUUGCUCUCAUUCCAUUUAGUAUGCUGAAAGCUGCUUCGCAUUUUCCCCACAAACGUGUCUAUCACUUAGAUAGAAACCGCUGCAGCAUUCUGAAAAUAUUAUCGAGGAUAGGAACCAUUUCGCAUUCACUGUUUUUAGCUUUGUAUUACUAUCGGACAGGGAGAUAUAAGGAAGCCCUUUAUAUAACAAAUCAGACUAAAGGAAGACUUUCGAGGGCCUACAUUAAGCGUCGUGGUAUGGAAGACGAAGAAGUAUACAGAGAAAUUGAAAAUAGUCCGCCUUUAUCUAGACAAAUGAACAUUUCCUGGAUAACAGAAAUAAACCUUAAGUUUGGAGUACACUAUAUUGAAGAUUUAAUAUUUGAAGAUCGAGAAAGAAAAGAAAAUGAUAAUUCAAUAUAUAUUUCACCAUUUGUGUUGGUAGAUAUGCUGUCUGUAUUAUCAAACUAUAAACUACGUAACAAAUAUCAGUAUCUGCAGGCCCUGACAGAUCUUCAUACGUUCAUUCUUUGUGAUGAUAAAAGAUAUAUUAAAAAAAAAUAUUUAUCCUGGUAUAUUCUUGGAAUUUGUCAGCAAGUUGUAGGAAUAUUUCAUGGAGCAUUAGAGUCUUACCAAGAAGCACUUAGACUAGAACCAGACUACAUAACACAGAAAACGAUGGAAAAGAGAAUAGAAUAUAUUCACCAGCAACAGUUUCUAUUCUUUUUGCUCUGGUACAUGUGUUCUCUUUUUUACGCAAGUGAUCCAGGGACUAUGUAAACGUUAAGAUUACGUUUUACUCCAAUGUAAAUGGUACAUGUAAUACUCCCAAGGACAAAUAAGACUAUUGAAUCGUAUACUUUAGCUAAGAUACUGUUGACUGCGAAUGUAUUGCAGUUAAAUGAUGUAAUGAAUAUUC